CACUUUCCUACAUCAUACUGAGCGCGCACUUUCACAUACUCCUCCAAACCCGCCUCUGUCCCCGUCCGGAUCUCAGUCGCUCUUGCCUGAUCAUACUGCUCUGCUCCUUCCCAACCGUCCUGCUGGCCAUCGCGCCUUUCAAAACCGUCCAGCCGACGGCAGCUCGCCUCCCGUUCGCCAGCAUUGAGUCAGCCGCGCCGCCCGAGGUCUCUGAUUCGCAGCCAACACCGACCUCGCUAUUCAUUCCGCCCACUCGCCAACCGUCUGCACGCUUGAUGUCCGCAUCGCCUCCACCUUCUCUGGUCUACUCUCCUUCUGUGUGCGACGACAGAAGCCGAGAGGCGUCGACAGCCCAGAGCACUCCGUUGAAUACGCCCACCGUCGCAGAAGCUCCCUGGCCUGCCUCCGCCUCUAGGAAGGAGAAAGAACUUUACUUUUCCUGGCACAAGAAGCAAGAUACCACUUGCUCAACCACCACCACCUCCUCCUCCUCCUCGCCCGUCGCCAACGCCGCUUCCACCGCCGCCCGCAGCUGCAAUCCUGUUCUUGGUGCCGACUGGCACUUUGCGCCUGACCCGUCCGAGCCUCUCUUCGAGGACGAGGGCGACACCGCCUUCCCUCUCUUCUCUGAUUCGCCGCCCCCCACCUUCGAGAAGCGCACCAUGGCCAGCUCGGCGUCGCCCGUCGACAUCGCCCUGCCGCCGCGCAUCACCAACUCGCAGUCUCCUCGCAACCAGACGUCGAACCUCACGUCCGCGCUGCAGGAGGCCGGCGCCACGGCACAGUCCGUCGCCGAAGCCGUCGGAAACACCGCCGCCACCGCAACCACGAACCAGUACAUGGGCAUGCCCGAUCCCGGUCGUCUGAGCGUGAGCGGCAGACACGACUCCAUCAGCAACAUGUUUGGCUCGUCCUACUACGGCUCGGGCGCCCGACCCAUCUCCGUCAAGGAUCGUCAGCGUAGAGAGAGUAACACGGGCGGUAGCUUCAUGGGCAACGGCAUGAGCUGGGGCGGAAUCUCUGUCGGCAGCUUACGAGACGACAUCAUGAUGACGGGCACUUCGCCCAUGCCCUUUGGCCGAUCGCCAUCUUUACACUCCUCCUCGUACCUUCCCAAGAUGGAAGCGCAGUUUCUUUCCGGCUACCAGUGCUGCGGCAAAAACCUCGAUUCGCUACACGAAUUGCUGCAGCAUUUUGAGGAGAACCACGCACAGCAGUCCAGCCAGAUCGCGCACCGGUCCUCGGUAUCAAGCCAGGCAGGCUUUGGUGCGAACAGGCGCCCCUCAAACGGAACCGGUGGCAGCGGGCCUUCCUCGCAAAAUGUCGCGGCGCAAGACCAACGCGCCAUGAACCAGAGAACGAACAGCUUUGCGAACCAAAGGGAUGGUUUCAGCCGAACUCAGCUUUCUACCGUCCAAGAUAUGGACACCCUCGAGGACAUGGAGAUGGACGACGGUACGACUCCGGCGACAUCUGUACCGCAGAUGACAUCGUCGAUCAAUCAAAGCACGCCGACCGUUACCCCUCUCAACACAUCCAUCACGCCUUCGGUGCCUGCGCAACAAGCUUUCAGAACGUCCACACCCUCGACGCCAAAUGCGACACAAGCUUUCCAGCUCUACAGCAAUCCCACCGUGUCCUCAGUCAACACCCCCGCUCUGAGCACCCAGUCUUUCCAGCAAUCACAAAAGUCGCCUCACACCUCCAUACCCGGGACGCCCGCCGAGAUGAACACUGAUUUCAACUCCGACUACAUGAACGCGCUUGGCAUGAACAUGGAAGGCAUGCCAAUGCAGGCGAGUCAGAUGGGCAUGCAAGAUGACUUCGACUUCGGCCCAAUCGGUUUUGGUCUGACGAAUAACAUGAGCGGCAUGACAAUCGACGAGCCCGCCAAACGCUUGUUCAGCAAAGCAGGUGGGGGCAUGAACGCGCAGCAGCUAGCUUACGCGAUCAAGAACGGCCAGAUACCCAUGGAUGCUGAAUUGCAAAAGAAGCUACGAGAACAACAGCUGGUUGGUGGAUUAGGCGGCCCUGUGAUUGGUUUGACUGUGUUUCCUGACCAAGAGAACAAGCCAUUCAAAUGCCCCGUUAUUGGCUGUGAAAAAGCGUACAAGAACCAGAACGGCCUCAAGUAUCACAAGCAGCACGGCCACAACAACCAGAAGUUGCAAGAGAAUGCGGACGGCACGUUUUCGAUCGUCGAUCCAAUCACGUCUAUCCCGUAUCCAGGAACAGUCGGCAUGGAAAAGGAGAAGCCAUAUCAAUGUCCCGUGUGCGGUAAGCGGUACAAGAAUCUCAACGGCCUUAAGUAUCACAAGCAGCACUCGCCCAUGUGCAAUCCGGAUCUAAAGUUACCGGGCAAUCCUCUGGCCGGUCUCAAUCCGAACGCAAACGUCGCCGGCAAUCUCUUUUAGUUUUGGCGGUGACAGGUCUUUGCCUUUUCCCUGCUGAAACCGAUGCCCGAAGAUCGACACGCACACACGGAGACGGACACAUAUCCCUACUAUUUUUUUUAUUUGGCUCGCUUCGACACUUUCCUUGCAUGAAUGAUACCAUACACUGCGUUGCGCGAAAUACGAAUAACGGAAACGACGACGAGGUCUCCGCUUUUCUUUGGAAGAAAAAAAAUUCUCUAUAGAGCUGCGAUGGUGCUCCUCGGACCAUAGACUGCAUGGAAUCACAGAAACUGCCGGCGUUACUGGGAGAAGCAUACCCAAACCCUCCUCCGUGUUGGAUAAACCACACACACGCAUACACACUCCUACACCGAUCUCCUCUCGCGUCUCCUCCCUUUAACGCUGGCGUUCAAGGGAUAUCUUUCUAUGGUAUCAACUACCUGCCUCAAGGGUUGCGGCUGGCGCCACGUGAAUCUUGUGCAACGUUGUCCUUACACGUUGCAAAGGUUCUCUAUAACUACGCUGAACGGCUUCACUCCGUUGCCCGCCACAAAGCCUUUGUAUAGCCUUUGCAAGACCGUACAGAAAGUAUCUUUAUUUUUCUUUCCUCUUUAGAUCAUGUGGAGGAUUGCGGUGGGAAGGACGGAUGGAGGGAGGGCGUAAUUGAUGACGGAUUUAGCCCAUUGGCAUAUAGACUUUCUUGGAUUUUCUUUCCUUUUUUGGUGUAUCUUCUCCUGCUUUGUUUUGGCCCUUGACUUUCCUCUUUCUUUUGUGCUGGAAGUUACUGGGGCGACACAUCAAAAGUUAGCUGCAUCUAUUUGCUGGUUCUCUGUUUGGGUCUGGGAAGGUUCUUUUAUUUCGUGUUCUCUGCGUGUGGUUACACAGCGACUUGGGGAAAGUGAGAGACUACAUUUUACAGCCCGAGGAUCACGUUCAUGUUACGACGACGACGCGCACAUCUGAUGACGGCAAGUGGACUGACUGGCUGGGGAAAUCAUUCCCUCCAGGUCGACGUUGGUGGUGGUUUGCGUUUUUGUUUUUCCGCCGUUCGCUUUCAGACAGUACGGGCUCUCGUCUUCCAGCGCCCCGAAAAGUCAAGGAAGCGUCUUUGUACCAGGUAUUUGAAGUGUGAAAAUUAACUUGCUAUCUAUCUCGCACGCUCUCCAGAACAAGAAGAACAAAGUCGCAACGUAGACGAUGGAUCAUCGCAGUGCCUGGCGGACGG